CGGUAGUAGAGGCGGAACCAAGAUUUGAUUUUUAUGCAUGGGGAUGGAACCUCGCGAAUAAGGUGAAAGUUCAGUUAGCCAACCAAUUGAGCUACUAAGAAUUCCCGAUGUGUAUCUUUAUUCAUGGUUUGAAACUUAUAUGCGUAUAGAUGCCCGUUAAUUUUUACUGUAAUUUAGUACUAGUGUUUGUCUCUAUACUUUUGGUUAAUUGUGUUAAAGUUAUCAUCUUUCUUGUAAUUGCUGCUAAAUUCUACAGUUAAGUAUAUUAUAAAUGAUUACUAUAUUAAUCUCUUAGAUAUGUGGUAGUAGAGGUGGAACCAAGAUUUGAUUUUUAUGCAUCCCAGAUCCUAGUUUUUUCUCUACCUCCACAAGUUAGGGUAAAGUUUGCAUACACUUUACUGUCCCUAAACCCCACUUGUGGAAUUACGAUGGGGUUUAGAAGAAUGAUUGCUAUAGUGAUCUCUUAGAUAUAUGGUAGUAGAGGUGGGGCCAAGAUUUGAUUUUUAUGCAUUCGGGAUUUUAGUUCUUUUCUCUACCUACACGUGGUAGUAGCGAUGUCUGCGUACUCUCUCUCCUUCCCAGACCCCACUUGUGGGAUUACGCGAGAUAUGUUUUUGUUGUUGUUCUUUGAAGUUAUUGGACUCUAACUUAAUAAUUCUUACAUAUUCAAUUGAGGUUUUAAGACAAAUACAAAGUUUGGAUCCAAGCUACUUGGUUUGGUCGAACCUGUCAGCUAUACUCUAGCUCCACCGCUGUGUGGCAGCUGUUUUUGCCAGAGAUGCUAAAAGUAUCGCUUUUUGAUCCUCACGAACAUUCUUUAACACUCCUUUAUGCUAGUUGUGAGAUAAGGAAUGAUUACUUAUAAAGCAGUAAGACGGAAACAGUUUAUCCAAUGAAAAAAAUUAUGAUUUAGCAGACGUGGAAUGAAGACAAAUGUCAAAACAUCUAACACAGAACUCAAGAUAGCGAUGGAAGACUAAAUAAGAGCAAUUCAUAGCAUGCAGACCCAUCUCUUAUUGGCUCCCACUUCCAUUGAUAAAGGUGGUAGCUCCAACCAGAACUUAUCUUUUGGACCAUUGGCGUGGCCUAACAAGCGCAUAGGUAUAUAUCACCCUCGUGUCCAGGUUUCAGCAUCUGCUAUUAGUGGCAGGCAGCAGUGCCACUAUAGCGUGCUUGGUGUUCCACACAAUGCUUCUUCUAUUGAUAUAAAAAAGGCUUAUCGUCUUCUUGCUCUCAAGUAUCAUCCUGACGUUAGCAAGGAUCCAGGAGCUGAUGAAGUUUUCAAGAAAAUCCAUCUUGCAUAUGAUGUAUUAUCUGACGAAUCAUCAAGAAAUCAGUAUGAUCAAGCUCUUCGACAUCAGGAUUAUACUGACAGGCCUUUGGGGGGCGUCUGGGAGUACGAUUUUGAAUAUGACAAUGGCAUAAGGACCUAUAGGUGGUCUGAUCUCAGACGAAAAAUGCAAAGAGAGAGAUCCUGGGAAAGGUAUGAUACAAGGGAAAACUUCGAUAAAGAUGAGGAGUCCGAAGAAGAAACUCUAGAUGAAGAAAGGGGUCCAUUCGCGGAAGUGCUCAGAUCUGCCUUCCUCUCUUUAUUUCUAAUGUACACCGUAGGUAUUCGUUUGUCUUUGACAUUUAGUAGCCUCAAGGCCUUGCUUGAUCGAAAGUUAGAUGCCGGAUACAAGAUUGGUUACCUACUUGCAUGGAUUUUAGGAGGCAGAGGUGGCGUCCUACUUACAUUAUGCCUUUCGUUUGCAAGUUGGGUUUGUGGCAAAACCAGCAGUAGCAUAGUCGCGUUGGUGGUUAUAGCCACGUGGAUCGCAUCCAAUGUUGCUAGAUAUGCUCCAUUCCCACAAGGUGCAAUUCUUACACUGUUAUACAUGUCAAUCAAGUUACAAGUUGAUCUUAGCUAAAGCUUCUGCAACAGAUUGAUCACUUACUUUUUCCGUCUGUAAAUGUGCUUUACUAUAUCUUUCAGUUUUGAAUGUAAAUGCUCACAAUAAUUUUUUUUAAUAUGUUCUACAACUUGUUCAUAG